AUGGGGAAUAUAAAGCAUCUUGCUAGUCCUGUCACGCGUAAUAGAAUCGAGCAGAACCCCAAAGAGAAAGGGGGGGGGGGACAUGAGAUUAAUAAGAAUCUUUGGCCUUCUAACAUAUAUUGCAAAAAGCUAGGUGAAAUAAGGCAUCUAUGCUCAUAUCUUUUGGAUUUGAAGAAAGCUUCUGCUGAGGAAAUGCGCAGAAGUGUUUAUGCUAAUUAUACAGCCUUUAUACGCACAGCAAAAGAGAUUUCAGAUUUGGAGGGUGAGCUUUCAUCAAUCAGGAACCUGCUAUCUACUCAAGCGACUUUAAUUCAUGGUUUAGCUGAGGGAGUUUACGUCGAUUCCAUGUCUAUUGCUGUUCCUGUUGGUCCCACUGCCAAUUGUUUGUGUAAUGAUGAUGGUAGAGAACCUUCAGACCUAGAGAACUGGUUGAUAGAGUUUCCUGAUCUCCUUGAUGUUUUGUUAGCUGAAAGGAGAGUGGAUGAAGCUUUGGGAACUCUUGAUGAAGGAGAACGUGUAGCUUCUGAAGCAAAAGAAACAAAAACCCUGAGUCCUACUAUGCUUUUGUCACUACAGACUGCAAUUAUGGAACGUAGGCAAAAAUUAGCUGAUCAGCUUGCUGAAGCUGCUUGCCAACAUUCUACACGUGGUGCUGAGCUUCGCGCAGCUAUUUCCGCUCUUAAAAGGCUUGGGGAUGGCCCUCGUGCUCAUUGUUUACUACUCAAUGCACAUUUCCAAAGAUAUCAGUACAACAUGCAAAGUCUGCGUCCAUCAAGCACCUCAUAUGGAGGAGCAUACACUGCUGCCCUCUCACAGCUGGUAUUUUCUGCUGUUGCUCAAGCAGCAAGUGAUUCUUUGGCCAUUUUUGGUAAGGAGCCGGCUUAUACAUCGGAGCUGGUGAUGUGGGCUACAAAGCAAACUGAGGCCUUUGCGCUUCUUGUUAAGAGACACGCUUUAGCUUCAUCUGCAGCUGCUGGAGGUUUAAGAGCUGCAGCCGAAUGCGUUCAAAUAGCUUUAGGUCAUUGUUCAUUGUUGGAAGAUCGUGGUUUAGCACUUUGUCCUGUGCUCCUGAAACUUUUUAGACCUAGUGUUGAACAAGCACUAGAUGCUAAUUUGAAGCGAAUUGAAGAGAGCACUGCUGCCCUUGCUGCGGCUGAUGAUUGGGAACUCACCUCUCCUCCCACUGUCACACGCCAAUCUGUCAGGCCUUCCAGUACGUCUCUGGGAACUACGACUGCAUAUCACCAUAAACUUUCAAGUAGUGCUCAUCGGUUCAAUCUGAUGGUCCAGGAUUUCUUCGAGGAUGUGGGGCCACUUCUAAGUAUGCAGUUGGGAGGUAAAACAUUAGAAGGUUUGUUCCAGGUGUUUAACUCAUACAUUAACAUGCUUAUCAAAGCAUUACCGGGUUCAAUGGAAGAAGAAGCAAACUUUGAAGGUUCUGGAAAUAAAAUUGUUCGAAUGGCUGAGACUGAAGCCCAGCAAAUUGCAUUGCUUGCAAAUGCGUCCUUAUUAGCAGACGAACUGUUACCUCGUCCAGCUAUGAAGCUCGCGCUGCUGAAUCCGGCUAACUACAAAGAUGAUGCUCGGAAAAGACCUUCAGAUAGGCAAAACCGUCAUCCAGAGCAAAGGGAAUGGAAGAGACGUCUCCUGAGCUCAGUCGAUAGAUUAAAAGAUAGUUUUUGUCGACAACAUGCUCUAGAUCUUAUUUUUACAGAGGAUGGUGAUAGCCAUCUUAGUGCAGAAAUGUACAUAAACAUGGAUGGAAAUGUGGAUGAAGUUGAAUGGUUUCCCUCUUCAAUAUUCCAGAGGUGCUUUGUUUUUGGGAGUUUUAUUUUGGCCCUAACCCAUCAGGGUAGUCAGAUGGGAAGUAUUCAGAGGUUAAUACAGCAGGACCUCUAUACAAAACUUAAUAGGAUGGCUACCAUAGCAGCAGAUAUGUUUGUUGGCAGGGAAAGGUUUGCUACAUUGUUAUUGAUGAGGCUUACAGAAACUGUCAUCUUAUGGCUUUCAGAAGACCAAAGUUUUUGGGAUGAUAUCGAAGAAGGACCAAGGCCAUUAGGUCCUCUUGGUAUUCAACAGUUCUAUUUGGAUAUGAAGUUUGUAAUCUGCUUUGCCUCCCAAGGGCGUUACUUAUCUCGCAAUUUGCAUCGAGUUGUUAAUGAGAUCAUAUCUAAAGUGGUGGCUGCUUUUGCUGCAACUGGGAUGGAUCCAUACAGCAUACUUCCGGAAGAUGAAUGGUUCACUGACAUUUGCCAAGAAGCAAUGGAAAGGCUGAGCGGUAAGCCAAAAGUUGCUAAUGGGGACCGGGAUCUGAGCAGCCCAACUGCAUCGAUCUCGGCACAAUCAAUAUCAUCCAUAAAAUCUCAUGGGAUUGAGGGAGGAUUUGCGUUUGUAUAUGUUGAUUCAUUAUUUGAUCUUGAAUACAAAUCUGUUCUAUUCUUUGACAACCGUGGUGGUUUCUGUAAUGGCUAUGGAGUCAUGGAUCGGAACUGCAUUAGCUGUUGUGGCCAGCUCGUCAUUUGGUUUAGCGAUCUUCUUUUUGGAAACAUUAGGAAGAUCAAUAAGAAAAUGAUGAGAGCAGAAGAUGAGAUGAUGAUAUGCUGGCUGGCGAUGAGGAAAAGGCCCGUAAAACUUUAG